AUGCCCGGCACAGCGAAUCGCCGCCUGCAACGGCCGGUCAUUUUCGUCUGCGAUCUCCAAGACAAGUUCCGCAACGCAAUCUUUGAGUUCGACAAGGUCGUCAAGACAAUCUCCAAGCUCCUCCGCGCCGCCGAGACUCUCGAGAUCCCCGUCUACACGACGACCCAGAACCGCGCCCGCCUCGGCGACACGGUCACGGAGCUCGCGCCCUUCCUCCAAGAAUCGGAGCGCGUGCGCCCGCCCGUGGACAAGACCAAGUUCAGCAUGUGGGUUCCCGAGAUCGCAGCGCAGUUUGAGGGAAAGGGCGGACACGAGGUGCUGAUUGUGGGGAUUGAAUCGCACAUUUGCGUCACGCAGACGGCGCUGGAUCUGUUGGCCGGGGGUCACAGGGUGUAUGUGCUGGCGGACGGGGUGAGCAGCUGUAACCGCGAGGAGGUGCCGAUUGCGCUGGCGAGGUUGAGGCACGAGGGUGUUGUUGUCACGACGAGUGAGAGCAUUAUUUACGAGAUGAUGGGGGAUGCGGCGAGGCCCGAGUUUAAGAGUAUUGUUGGGCUGGUCAAGGAUACGGGGAAGGAUACCAAGGAGGUUUUGCAGGCCUUGGCGCCCAAGAUUUAG